AUGAUAGUAGAUCUACCAAAGGACGGAAGCAACGAUUCUAUACUGGUCAUUGUGGACAGCUUCACCAAAUAUGUUAUCCUGGUGGAGUGUUCCAAGAAGCUCAAAGCCCCGGAAUUGGCGGACCUGUUCUUGCGCCAUGUGUGGAAACGUUACGGCAUGCCAGAAAAAACGGUAUCAGAUCGAGGACGAGUCUUUAAUAACAAAUUCCUAAAAGCUCUGUACCAACGCCUAGGGAUAGACCCCCAUUUUUCCUCGGCCUACCAUCCUCAAAGUGACGGUCAAACGGAACGCGUGAACCCUACGGUCGAACACUUCCUAAGGGCUUACUCGGGGGUAAAUCAGAAAGAUUGGGUCAGAUGGUUACCGAUGGCGGAAUUUGCCUACAACAACGCGGUACAUAGUUCAACAGGCAAAUCCCCGUUCAAGGCGCUAUAUGGCUGGGAACCUUCCUUAACCCCAAGUAACGUCCCAACAGACGUCCCGGAGGCAGACGACUUGGCAACGCAGAUGGAAUCUCAAUGGCGGGAAAUAGGGGCGGCACUCCGGCAAUCAAAAACACGCAUGAUAGCUGGAGAAACAGGAGAACCACUCAAAUUUGAAGUUGGGGAAGAGGCCUGGUUAGAUGCUAAGAAUGUGAAGCUAAAAACCCUGAGCCCCAAGCUAACGGAGCAACGCCUGGGCCCCUUCAAAGUAACUGAGAAGAUCUCCAAUUGCGCCUACCGCCUCAGACUCCCACCAACCAUGAGGAUCCACGACGUCUUUUACGUAGGACUACUGUCCAAAGUAAAGAGGGAUGACAAACGAGCUUUUGAGAACCGUCCCCCACCAGUCACCAUAGAUGGGGAAGAAGAAUACAAGGUCGAGGGAAUUACGGACAUGGAGGAAAGAAAUGGGAAAUGGUUUUUUAGGGUGAAAUGGAAGGGCUACGGAUCAGAGGAAAACACCUGGGAACCAAGGGAAAACCUCAAAAAUGCCGAAAAAAUCCUAAAAAAUUUUGAGAAGGAAAUGAAAAAGAAGGCCCUCGGCGCUGCCAAGGCCCUUAGAGGGGGGGCAGUGUCGUAG